GCUCAAGUACAGAGUUGUCUUCGCUUCCCGGAUGUCUUCUGAGGUUGGGGAUGUUCUGUGUAUGUUCUUCUGAUGUUGACAAUUUCAAUUUAUUCAACAGUGACCUAUGUAUACAGUAGCAGAAACAGAGACACAGCACCAGCAGCGUGCACUCAUAGGACAAGGAGGCGUCGUGAUGAGGUAUACGCGGUCAUUGAACUCGGUCUCAGUCGGAGUAGGGCUAGCUAAGCGAAAAUUAUGGGAAAAAGCGCGUGUUGAUUUUUCAAACUGAGGUAAAUUCCCGCACCAAAUUAGUCCAGCUAGUACCUCCUUGGCGUUGCGUUAUUGAUUGAGCGAUUUUUAAUCUUUUGAAAAGUUUUCAAUGCCGAUUCGCACAAGGGCCACCUAUUGCGACUACUUCUCACUCACUCCGUGAUCUUUUUGUGCUACGAAGCAUCCCUUUAACUCCUCCAUCUGACUUCUAGAAGACGAGCAAAAUGCACAUGGCAGAGUCGUGCAAGCUAACACAGCCGACUGUUGUUUGCUUGUGAACACUGACACAAUCGUUGUCAGUGUGGAUUGCCGACUUCGACUAACACGGCUACUCCUGCGCGAUAGCCGUACGAAGGACUAGAUGAACGUUUCCGACAAUGUUGGCUAGCUGCACCUUCAACACAAUUCGUUGACAUCAACAAACGCAGCUGGCCAAGCAGAUUGAUCAGGAGUGUCAUCCGACGCCCGUGAAAGGAGGGUUCAGAAAAAACACGAUAAGGCAGAACCCUACUCAGGCCUAAGGAUUCGAGCAUGAAUAGACGGUAGGAGGCGAGGAGCACAAAAAGAUUUCUUGAGAAUCUUUGUCUACACCACCGGUUGGCGCCACAAGCCUUGCGGCGCUGUAAGCCAGCUGCGCUUUUUGACAGAUCUUGGUGCACUGGGUUUUGGAGCCUGUUAUGAUGGAAAAGGAAAGAGCAGCAUCGAAUAAUAUUUACUAGUCACUCAGCAGCUGGAGACGGAGAGGCCCUUUGCACAAGGGACCUGUGGGUGGUGAAUAAAACAGCGAGACGACGGCGUAGGCGAGCACAACCCACUUCUGCUUUUGUGCCUGUGUGUUGCACCGAGAGAUACACGCAACCCGGUAAAACUGACCGCUACGUUGUCUGCAGCAGCGCUACCCUUUGCAUCGUUUAUCAUCGUCAUCAUCUUUUUCGAGCAAAGAAAGAGGCAAGUCCACGAAGAAAACUACGGCACAAACACGUCGUCUGUCCAGUAGAAGACUUUCUAUCCGCUGCCGCUUUUAGUCAUACUAACAAGGUGCAAAAGCCUUGCCAUCCUCGUCAACAUCUUCAAUCCUGAAAGAUGGUGCUUCCUAUGGGCGGAGGUGGAAUGGGCGCGCCUCGAGGGCCUCCAACAGAGUAUUGUCUCAGCACACUGCCUAAGGUCCGGAUACUGAUUAUCGGCAUAGCGGUGCUCAGCUUCGUACGUAUGGUAACCCAAUCGCAAGUGGAGGGCGUCAUCAUAGACGGUCUUUUCGACCUUCUUACGGUACUUCUUGUUCUCUGCUGUUCGCCAAAUAUGUGGAACAAGAAGCUUUUUCUGUAGAAGUGAAAUUCAAAUUAUAGAUGAUAGCCUGCCAGUGUCCCAUUUGAUACCACUGAAACUAUGAAUGCGGCAUCGCUGAAAUAUCUUGAAACUAGGUAUGAAAUAAUGAAUAUUGAUACAAUCGAACCCUUCACUCAGCCAAUAGCCGGAUACUGCCUUUUCAAGGAUUUGCAAACGAUGAACAGCUGUCUCUGUACCUUCAUGGUUUUUGCGUGGCUCUCAGCGGUGAACGAUAUGAUAUCACUUAUCAUGCGACUCUCGGAGUACAGAGAAAACGCCUUUUGCGCUGAUGGAAACAAACGCGUUGUCGGAAAUAGGUACUUUUGUAAUUUUAUUUGCUAGACUUUUCGCUUCAAGAAGUAGAAGAUACACUUGUUGUAGUUCGUUCUAUAAUUCAUUGAUGGUUUCUAAUCCCCCCCCGUAGACAAAACGUUUACUGGGUAUAUCAUAAUGAAUUCUUUGGCAGUAAGCUGAAUAGUUUCGAAUAGCAUGGACAUUGAUUAUGGGGUAGGUCAGCAAUACAUAUUCAGCAAAAGUUGAGAUCUCUCUUGUCUUCAUACCCACUAGGUUGAUAACAUGCAAUGCGGAUCAACCGGCUUAUACGAGUACCCUAAUCUGCAUCACAAUUCUUCAAGGAUACGCAGGCAUACUAGGUUACCGCAUGCUGAAGUCCGCAACGUACAAAAGAUUUCGUUUUGAGUUUUUCCUUACUUCACAUGGCACAUUGAAAGACAAGAUGGAAAUGUUAUGAUAAAGCUCUGGACUUCUUCUGAUAUUGAGACGUGACGCAGUGACAACUUGCGCAUUCCUUUGAAAACCAAUCGACCGCAGGAUGCAGCAAGCGCAAGACUUCGGUGCAGGAGGCCUGCUCGGUAAUGAUGUGAUGGCGCAGCAAGCAGGGCCGCGAGAGAUGAGGCCAGCCGCGAACCCAGCCUCCUUGGCGCCUCGAGCGCCAGCCCAACCACCUCAAUUCACAGCUUUUGCUGGCACAGGACACCAACUUGGCUCCUGAUGUCGACACACUAUAUAACGAUGAUAAUUGAUGAUCACUAAGGCUAUGCCUCAUCAUCAACGAGGGUCUGUAUGGUCUUCUUCGUUCUUCUCUUGAGAAGCACGGGUUGCGCAAUAAUGUGCUUAUUUAUGAUCUUCAAGCAUUUGUAGCUCGCCCUAUGAAGAUUGAGAUUUAU